GUUUGACUACCGGCAGCACUGCUAAGCGACGCGCAGUCCGCACCAGCUGUCAUAUUUAUUUAUUAAAUUACAAUUUUGUCAACUUGCGGGUUUUGUACCGCGCAAUGUAACAAGCGUCAGACAUGGACCAGCAGUUCUCAUUGUCUUGGAACAAUUUUCACGGAAACUUAACGAAGGGAUUCGCCGGCUUAUUGGGCAACAGCGAGUUCGUCGAUGUUACAAUAGCAGUUGAAGGGCAUUUACUACAAGCCCAUAAAGUGAUAUUAUCAAUAUGUUCGCCGUAUUUCAAGAAAAUGUUCCUAAUGAAUCCGUGUCAACAUCCAAUAAUUGUUUUAAGAGAUGUCACUCACAAAGCAAUGAGAGAUUUACUACAAUUUAUGUACCAUGGUGAAGUUAGCGUUAAAAGAGAAGAUCUCACUAGUUUUAUAGGUACAGCAGAGGUUUUGCAGAUCAAAGGAUUAACAAACAAAGAGACUGAAGAAGAAGAGAUUGAAAAGGAACAAAAUUUAUCCAAACAAACAUUGGAGGCUCAAAAUAUUCUAGAAACUGACUCACACAAUACAGAAAACUAUGAUCAUUCUGAUGAAACAACUAACAGUGAACUUAUUCUGCUCAAACAAAGACAGUUUAUAGAAAAAUUGCAAAGACUAAGUAACUUGAAAAGGAAAUCUGAAGAUUACCUACAAAAUAAUUAUUUUGACGUUGCUAACUCUGAAAAGAGGCCAAAAAUAAAAGAGAAAACUUACAAUAACCAUACAGCGUUACAUAGUAACAAUUUUGAUAAAAUAAAAAAUAUUUAUGAUGAAAAUCCAGUUGAUAUCACAACUUCUUAUAAUACUCAUGUUCAGAAGAAUAAUAAUGAGAUAAAUGAAAAAAUUAAGGAACAACUUUCACCUGAACAUAGGUUAGAAUUGAAAACUGAAUGUGACGAUGGAGACAUAGUUGUGACUGAUCCAGCAGCUUGUACAACUCCAAAAAAUUAUGAUGUUGCCAGAGAUAUGUCUAAAGAUACGGUGCCAAUAGACUAUCCAUCACCACAAGACAAUACGGGUUUAAGUUCGUUGUUCAUGGAUCUUAAAAAUUUAGUGAAUGGAAAGGUGACUAAUAUGUUGAGAAGUGGUGUAAGUGAAGAAUAUCCAAGAAAUUUGACUGUGGAACAUCGUCUUGUCACAAUACCACAGAAAGAGGAUGGCAAAAAGAAAUAUCCACAAAGAUCUUGCCGUCUUUGUUGGAAAAUUGGAAAACGAAGGGAUACGCGUUUUAUGUGUGGAGCUUGCGAAUUACCAUUUUGCAAGUCACCAUGUUUUGAAAUACAUUUUAAUGAUGUACUCAAAGUAUCUCAGUUGCAAGGAGACUAUUAUGCUACUUAGUUUAGAGUUUGUUAGCAACUAUAAUUCCUCUAAAGAGGCCAGACAGGUUUAUAAGAUAUUUGCGGGCAAAUUCGAAUUAAAUUUUGAAUCAUAGAUUCAAUACCAGUAUUGGGACCAAAAGGGCAAGAUCAAAAUUUAUGAGUUACAUAUUUUGCUACAUUAGGUUUACUUUAGGAUUAGUAUACAAAAUAUCACAUAUAAAUGAAGGAGUAAUAAAGGUAUCAUGUUGCACAAUAAAAAGUAAUCCACUGUGAUAAGGACUGCUCUCAAGUGCCAAUUACAUGAAAAAAAAUAUUUUUAAAAAGUUCAUAAAUCAAAAUGUUGAAAAUUUUCCUCAUUUGACUAGUGCCAUGAGUUUUACUGCCAUAUCGUUUAUGAACACUUUAUUGCUCAUAUUCUAGUCUAUUUAUUGUAAGCUUUUACUGUGUAUGUUCCAGUGUGCUUUAUACUAUUAUCACGAUUUGACUUAUUUGUAAUUGAUCUCUAUAAGAGUUUAAGGAUUGAUAAUUUGGGUGAUUUAAAAAUGAGAUUUACAUUCCUAUAAAAUUUGAGUGAUCUUUUUUGUAAUUUAGUACUCUAAAAGACAUUAAAUUGAUAUUAAAUUGAAAUGUGUGAUGUUACUUAAGCGUGUUUUACUGCAACUGAAUGUAUUUUUUUAUAUCCAUAUUUGAAUUAAAAUAAACGUGUUUAACGAAUGAAUAGCCUGCUUUUAUUUGAACAGAGAAUACGACAAAUAAACUUAUUAAAGUACAAAAACUGUAACUCAUUCAUAAAUAAUCGGAACAUAGGUAAAAUAAACGGUCUAUUUAUUCUUAAAAA